AUGCCGCCCCUGGCUACAAUCGGUAUUCUUUCUAUUGGAGAAAUGGGCAUGAGCUUUGCGAAAUUGCUCGUUGCGCAUAAUUACCGUGUAGUUACGAACUUGGAGGGUCGAAGUGCAGAAACACAAACACGCGUCAAAGCAGCUUCAAUUGAAAGCCUCCCCAGCGACACAUCUCUAGUCACGGAAUCAGACUACAUCUUCUCAAUAGUCCCACCUCGAGACGCAGUCGCCACCGCAAAACGCAUCACAAGCGCCUUCGCUGCAAUAUCUACUCCUAGAUCAGCGCCACUCUACUACCUAGACCUCAAUGCCAUAUCACCAAACAGCGCCCGCUCAAUAGCGACACUUAUCUCAACCGAGGCACCCGAAAUCAAGUUUUUAGACGGUGGCAUUAUCGGCGAUCCUCCAUCCAGGAAAGACGCCUCAGCUCAGCCUACUACGACAUCCUCUAAUCCACCCACAUCUCACACAUGGAACAGACCUUCCGUCCCAGUCUCAGGACCUGAUCCUCUCUCUGAAGCUCCAAUAUCGGGCCCAACUCUCGAAGCUUUGUUAAACGUCAAACAUAUUUCUUCCGAGAUUGGCCCCGCUUCUGGUCUGAAAAUGUGCUUCGCAACAACAACGAAAGGAUUUACAGCUCUCUGUAUCCAAGCCUUCACUACUGCCUCACGCCUCGGCGUCCUCAAUGAACUCAAAAGCGAGAUGUCAGAGCGUAUUCCUGGACUAUACAAAGCCAGUGGCGGGGUGGUCAACAUGGCGCCAAAGGCUUACCGAUGGGUGGAAGAGAUGAAGGAAAUUGGACGGACGCAUGGAAUGGAUGGUGGGUUUGAUUUUGAGGGGAGGGAUGGUGAUAGAGGGAUUUUCGACGCUGUGGGAGAGGUUUAUCGGGUCGUUGCUGAUGAGACUGUGUUGGGUGAGGAAAAGACGGAGAGGCGGAAGAGGGGUCGGACGGUGGAUGAUGUUGCUCUUGCUGUAGGUGAUGGAUUGGCUGCUAAGAGAAAGAAGGAUGAGUGA